AUGGCUACUCCAACAAAUAUCGCUGACGUGCUCAGUGAUCUUACUACCGCCACCCAAUCUGCCAUCACCGCCCUUCCGGAUCCCACCACCCUCCUCCCACCAGACAACGGCAUCUCUCUCCUCGACAUCAAAAACGACCUCUUCCUCUCCUACCUCCAGGCGCUCGCCCUGCGCAACCUCAAUGUCGUGCGCGCCGUCAAAGAUGGCAAAAGUCUAGCCGAAACGAAGAAGCUGAACAGCGAGAUUACGCGAAAAUUGGUCGAGCAGAGGGUGUACAUUGAGCGCGGCGUGUGGCCGCUAGAGAGUAAGAUCAAGUACCAGAUUGAUCGCGUGGUCAAGGCUGCAGAUGAUGAUGAGCGGGCGGGAAAGCUAAAGGCAGAUGCGAAGAAGGUCAAGGAGCUUGCGAAGAUGAAUGGAAGGGAUGAGUCCGAAGAGGAGGAUUCAGAUGAUGAGGACGAGAGCGAUAGUGAGGCGGAAGAGGACGAGGUGGCUGCGACCAUGCAUCGUCCCGACCCUUCAAGAUUCGCACAAAGCAAUGUGGAUGCGGAGCGUGAGCGACAAGUUGACGAGGGAGGGGAAGGCGUUUACCGGCCUCCGCGCAUCUCCGCCACCUCUAUGCCUACAACAGAGACGAAAGAGCGCAAAGAGCGAAGACCAGGCCGCUCAGCCACUCUGGACGAGUACGUCAGCACAGAGCUCUCACAAGCUCCUCUCGCGGUCCCGAGCAUCGGCAGCACAAUCACGUCGGGCGGCCGGAAAACGAAAGACGCCAAGCAGCUGGCGCGCGAACAGGAGCGGCAGAACUACGAGGAGACGCAUCUCGUGCGCCUGCCGCCGGAGUCGAGGAAGGAGAGGUCGAAGAACCAGCGCCGGGAUCGCGGUGGGGGUUUUGGGGGCGAGGAGUGGAGGGAGCUGGGCGAUAGUGUGGAUCGGAUUGGCGAUUUGACACGGCGCAAGGGGAAAGAUAAUGCGCUUGAUCGGAGUCGGAAGCGCCGGGCUGUGGAGGACAGUCCGCGGGAUGAUGGGAUUGGGGCUGCGUUUGAUGCGCGGAAGAAGCGGAUGAUGAAGAAG